AUGGAACCUAAUGCGAGUCCUCUGAUCCACAUCGUCCGUCAUGGGCAAUCCCUACACAACAUUGAUCGCGGCUACCCUCACCGCGACCCACCCUUGACGGAUGAAGGGCACGAAACUACUAAGCGAAUUCAGAUCCCGGCCACCCCAGAUCUAAUCAUCAUCUCGCCAAUGACACGUACCAUCCAGACUGCCAUGAACGCCUUUCCGGCUAUUGCUGGCUCAGCUCCAAACGGGACUGAAGUAAAGAUCUGGCCCGACCUGCGCGAAGCCCAUGACGCUGUUUGCAACAAGGGCAUCUCUCGGGCCGAAAUUUCGGCCAAGUUUCCACAUCUGAACUUCUCAGAAUGUCCACAAGAAUGGGAUCAUCCACCGCACAGUAUAGAGGCUGCCACUAUACGUGCUGAGAAGGUCCGAAGACGUUUAAAAGAGCUCUCGAAGGAAUACAACAAUAUUGUCCUCAUCACACAUAGAGGGUUCAUUGCAUUCCUUGUCAAGGGAGAUCGAUACGACGUCUGCGAAACGCGCUCGUAUCGAUUUGGCACAGAUGAAGAGACAGAAGCAGACUCCUUGAGGUUUGGAGUUAACGUCGACACAAAGGCACAACAGGACUUUGGCCCGACGCUUCUCGUACUCCAACCCCCCAAUCAAAGUUGA